AUGGCCACCAACGAGGCCAUGGAGGACGUGCAGAUGGGCGCAAAGAGACGCUUGGUCGACAUGGACUCCUUGAAGCGCAAGAAGUUCAAGGCCGAGGAUCUCCCGAUUUCUGCUUCGCAGCAUGCGGCAAUCGACAAACUCCUGCACUCCUUCAAGAAGAAAGGCGGAUUCGACAGCAUCCGGAAGCAAAUAUGGGCUGAGUUUAAUGAUGGGGAUUCCAAGACCAAUUUCACGAACCAAUUGAUCGCAUUGGCGGAAUCGGAGAUCGAGCGCGAACCAGCACAUCUUUCGCGCGAAAGAGGAAAAGCCGCAACAUUAAUCGAAGGCGCUGUCGAUCGAAGUGAUGUCUACAAGAACGUCGAGGAUUCCAUUGAUCAACUAGCAUCGAAGCAUCUCCAGCAUAUCAUGGAUUCAGUUCGUGCGAUCCGCCGCGAAGAGAUCGGUACAGAGGCAGCUCUCAAAGAAGAAGCAGCUGGGAAUAAGACGGAUGAGGAUUACGCAGCCCAUGUCAAAGUAAAACGAGACGAGCGGGACAAGGUCUGGCGCGAAGAAAUACGCAGACAAAAAGAACUCGAAGAAGAACAGAAGCGCAUUAAGGACGAAGAACAGCGGAAGAAACGUGAGCUGGAGCGGCAGAAGGAAGACGAAGAGAGAGCCAGGAGGAAAGAGAUCGACGAUAAACGGCGGGCCGAACGUGACCGCAUGCGCGAAGAACAACGGGUACUCGACGAGCAACGAGAGCGGGAGCGGGAGGAAAGGUAUGAGCGACGAAGGCGAGAAGAUCGAGAUCGGCAUCGCGACUGGGAUCGUGACCGUUUCCGUGAUCGCUCCCCGGCUCAUCGCUCCGACCGAGGCUUGUCCCCGCGCAGUCGGGACCCCAAAGGAGAGAAGUCCAUUCCAUCUAAAGACCCGACCCCUGCACCGGCCCCUCCCGUGGAUGAAAAGUCGUUGGAGGAGGCUGCUUUACAAAUGCUCUUGAAAGAAGGCGAAGAGCUUGCUGCCAAGGCGCGCCAAAAGCCCGAAUUCGAUUUUGAGGAGGCUGAAGCUAUUGAAAAUGGCCUUAAACCGCCUUCCACUUCUGCACCAGCCAAGACUUCCAACGCGUCCACCAGAGCUCCCAAGACCGAAGCCGAAGCCGCAGCGGCAGCCGCUCUCGCCGACGACAAGCAUCUCGUUAUGACGCAGAUCGUCGCCGCGAUCGCUCUCGGGAUGUCUCUGUCAGAUCUCGAGAUCGCGAGAUGGAGGAGCGCCGUGGCUACCGCGACUUCCGUGACUUUCGUGAGGAGCGAAGCUAUCGACCCGCUCGUCGCAGUCGCAGCCGAUCAGCCGCCAGAGGAGCCCGAGAUAGAGAUCGCGAUCGCGACCGCGAAAGAGAACGCAGUGUGGACAGGGACAGAGAAAGAGUUCGAGAUCGUGACCGACCAAGGUCCAGGUCUCGUGAUCGAGAUUACGACCGGCGCCGCCUUGAUCGCAGCCGUGAUAGAAGUCGAGACCGGGAUCGUGGUGGAGAUGACUAUCGGCCCCGCCGAGCACGGCACUCUCGGUCUCCCUCUCGUCGACGCUCACGCUCGCGGUCUCGUCACCGGCAUCGCAGUCGGGAGCGCCAACGUUCACGCUCUCGAUCGGCUGCUCCUAGACGACGAUCUCGUUCUAGGUCAAAUGCGCGGCGAAGGUCACGGUCUCGUCGCCCCUCACGUCCACGACGCGCUUCCCCCGGCUCUCUGGAUAUCGACCGAUAUGUGCCUUUGA